AUUAAAAGUUCUAAAACUGGUUUCAAAAUGAAUAAAGCAACUACGAGAGACGUGAUUUUUAUUAUCUUUGCGUCUCUAAGUUCUGCAACGAAACUAACUAUUUACCCUCAACAAGCCAUCAAAGGCAAACCAGUGGCUCUAACUUGUGAAGCAGAGCCUCCAACCGACGACGUCACCUACAUAUGGAUAAAAAAUGGUCACAAAGUAGCAAAUUUAACUACAUCGAAGUGGACCAUAGAGGAAGCGUCGUUAGACACGCGUAGUUUCAUUUCAUGCAUCACAGAAACCAAAAAAGGUGCAAUUUCUCAAGCUGAUAUGUUUGUGAACGUUGUAGCAUUUCCAUCAUUUAUAAUGAGUUUAAAACCUCAUUAUGGGUUUUCAUAUACAAACACAAACAUUUCUCUAACAUGCAUAAUAGAAUGUUAUCCGCCGUGUAACAUCGUGUGGUACGAGGAGGACGCGAAAAUCGACACCGAUAAUCCUCUUUAUAACAUAAAAGAGGAAAUUGUUCCAGCUGAUGACCAAAGAAACAAUUUUGAAUCAUUUAAAUCCACUUUGGUUUGGAACUUGAAAAACUGGCCCAAUCAAUGUUUAAAUAAGACUAGUAGCCCAUCACACUAUACUUGUAAAAGCGAGAGCUUUUUUCGUAAUGUUAACUCGACGACUUAUUUUGAAGUUGAAUAUCCACCUGAAAAUAUUACCCUGUCUACAAAAACCGUUGUAAAUGUUACAGAAAAUGAAACUCCAGAUCCUGUAAUCUGUACAGCGGAAGGUAAUCCAAAGGUUGACUAUGUCUGGAAACAUACUCCCACAGGGUUUGUAGAAGGAAUCGGUAAAAGCCUCAAUUUAAGUAAAUUAUCGCGAUUUGAGGAACAUAAUUAUACUUGUGAAGCUUCUAACAAACACGGGGUUGCAACUACGGAGUUAAAUUUCAAUGUUUUAUAUAAACCAAGCUGCUUCAUAGAACUUGAAACAAUAGACGAAAAAGAAGCUUUAGUUUGUAAACCUGACGGUAAUCCCAGAAAUUUUACGUUUCAAUGGAACCUAACUUACCCCGACAAAGACGUCCAUGAAGAUAUCAUCAACAAAGAUUCCUACAGCUACUUAAUUUUGAAUUCUACUAAGCGCAACUUGAAGAACUAUGAAUGUCAUGUUAAUAACUCUGUGGGUGUGGGUACUCCAUGCACUAAAGCCGUAUCAAGUAGACCCUUCCAGAUAGAUUUAACUGGAAUAGCAGGCGACGUUGAAGAAGGUAUGCACGUUCGACUUAAAUGUGAAGUUAAAGCUACGUUCAUGGUACAAAUAAGGUGGUACAACAAUUCCAAGCGGGUAGAGAAUACAGAGGAUCCAUCAAUAGCUACAGUCUCCACUAACAAAAGUGAUAUUAUUACAAGCUCGAGUAUGUUGAAAUUCACUGCUUCUCGACACCACGACCAUGCAAGUGUGAAAUGUUCCGGUACUAACAAAUUUUUAGAAGACCAUGACAUUCCUCUAGAAAAAACAUUACGUUUGGAAGUACUUUAUAAGCCAAUUGUGACAGUAACAUCCAUCCAAACUACUUUUGUUGAAGACAAAAAUCAAACAGCGGUACUUUUUUGUAACUAUGAUGCUAAUCCACUGAAGCCUGUCACCGCGAAUUGGCUCAAAAAUGGAGAAGUUUUGACUAGAAUCGAGGGAAAACAUACAUUCGUUACACUUAGUAACUUGUCUUUGAUAAUUGCAUACGUUACAAGAGAGGAUAUUGGAAACUAUAGUUGUUUGUUAAGUAAUUCAGUUGGAAAUACCACGUCAGAAAGUCUAACUUUGGACGUUCUAUAUUCACCUACCAUGGAAGUCACAAUGACAUCAUCACUUCCAUCAACAUGUUCGUUCAAGACUGGAAAUAUAACUUUAAGUUGUAACGUGACUUCCGGAAAUCCUCUUUCAUUGUCAAAAAUCUACUGGUUUGUCAAUGAUUCCCUUCUGGAAGAUUAUAUCACCCAGAAACUUUACCAGCCCCAACUGGAAAAGGUGCUACUUACUAAUGAGUCUCGCGUGGUGACUUUAAUAGGUGUUAGUGAAAACUACGUCAAAAAUUUUAUGUGUCAAGGUGUCAAUCAAGUUGGACCAGGCCCAAAAUCGAAACCUCUGGAAGUCAAAAUUUCUUAUCCCGACAUUCCAACAAAAAUAAUUCAAAAACCUGAAACUGUGUUCAAGGGAGACAAAGUGACUUUAGAAUGCUCUGUAGAGGGAGAUCGUCCCAGUAACAUCACCUAUGUUUGGCUUAAGAACAAACAUCGUCUUCUGGAUGUUCACACAUCAAAAUGGACAAUCAAACAAGCGUCUGUGCAACUUCGUAAAAAUAUCAGUUGUUUUGGCACAAGUGGCAAAAGAACGAGUACUCCGGCCAAGUUUUCUGCGGACAUAAAAGCACGUGCCAAUUUUCUCACCAAACCAAGUCCUUAUACAGGUGUACUAAAAUCCAGUCGAUUCGUUUCUUUGACCUGUAGAGUUGAAUGUUCCCCGCUUUGCCCAAUUCUUUGGAUAACAAAAGACCAAGUGAUCUCAACUGAUGCACUAUAUAAUAUUAGUAGAACAGAACACGCAGCUGAUUUUCUUCUAAAUGAUUUCGAGUCGGUGGAAUCAACUUUGACUUUUUCUAGAGAUCAAAUCCGAGACGAUACUUUGGAUAUCUAUUCUUGUAGAAGUGUUUCGCAAGCGUCGCAUGGUCCAGAUGUUAAUGCAUCCACGAUUGUGACUUUAGAACAUCCUCCCGAAGAUGUGAAAGUGUCUGAAAUUUUUGUUGAUGUGAAGGAAAAUCACGUUCCUAAAGCAGUGAAAUGCGAAGGGAAAGGAAAACCUCGUUUAAAUUACGUAUGGAGAAAAGCAUCCACAAAAGAGGUGGUAGCAGUAGAUGACACUCUUGUUCUUGGUAGAUUAUCUAAGUCAGAAGAGGGUAACUAUACUUGUGAAGGGUACAACAAACACGGAAACCAAUCAGCGAAUGUUUAUUUUCACGUUUCGCACUAUAAACCUAUUUGUUCUAUUACUUUUGGCAAUCUCGGAAUGCAACGUGCGCUAAUCUGUAGUGCUGAUACAGAUACACAAGGUCUUACUUUUACAUGGAAAGCCAAUUCUUCUGGGUCACUACAAAGUAUAAAUGGUAUCACUAUUUUUUCACGCAGUUUUUAUACUUUGAACGAAAAUAGUGACAAUUCUAAAAGUUACAUCUGUUUAGUUAAAAACUCUGUAGGAGAGGGAACACCCUGCGAAACGUUUCUACCGAGACCUCCGUCUUUUGCCAAAAUUGACUAUUUUCCUUCAGAAGUGUCCAAGAAAUCCAACGCUACAAUCCAGUGUUCAGUGCACGAUCCAGGUUUUCCCAAAAAUUUGACUUAUAUGUGGUUUCUUAACCAUGAAAAUGUACACAACAGUUCACGAUCUACGUGGAAUAUUUCUUCCGUUUCGUUAGAAGAUCGUAAUAGCACUUUCAUGUGUCUUGUUGCAAAUGAAGCCAGUUUUAGCAUGCCGUCAGAAGAAAUUAGCUUAAAUAUUGUAGCACCACCACGCUUCAUAGAGACUCCACCUAGCUCUUUGUCUGUUUAUUACGAAAGCGAAAAUGUCACUUUAACUUGUAGAGUCGAGUGUUAUCCUGAAUGUUCAAUAACUUGGUUAAAAAAUGGUGAACAUUUAGAAUUGGAUAACAACGAAUUUUAUGACGUGGAAAACGAUACUUAUGAUGCAGAUGAUGAAGAAGGCCUGUUUGAAUCUGUCGAAUCAAUUUUGGUCUGGAAUAUGACGCUCAAUAAAAACGAUCCUGUGUCAAAAUACACCUGUGUCAGUACUAGUGCUAACGAAAAAUCAAAAAUUAGUUUCACUUCUGUCGUUACAAUUGAAUUUGCUCCAGAAAAUUUAACAGUAUCCGACACCAUAGUUGACGUUGUGGAAGACGAAAUUCCUAGUCCAGUUGAGUGUGGUGCCAAAGGACAACCUUUAAAUUAUGUCUGGACAAAAAAUUCGUCUGGAGAAGUCGUGUCAAAAAGCGAGAUUCUCCAACUUGAAAAAUUAUCAAAAUUAGAAGGAGGCUACUACACUUGUACGGUUUCAAAUAAAUAUGGAACUGAAUCAAUUGACGUAUAUUUUAAUAUUUUUUAUGCACCGACGUGCAAAGUUUCUUUCAACAGAACAACGAAUUCUUUAACGUGCUCUGGUGAGGGUAAUCCACCUGAUAUUUCCUAUACGUGGCAAGUUCGUUCUGCUUUUGAUACCACGGUAGAUGAAUCCAAGGUGGUUAAUUCCGAAGGGAAAAGUAUGUUGAUUUUGACAGAUGAAGUCAUGAGGAGAGACUUGGUCGAUUACCAAUGUCUUGUAAACAAUCCCAUUGGGCGCAGUCAGCCCUGUACAUAUAGCAAUGACACAUUUUUGAUGAAUUAG